AUGGACAAGUUCAAGUUACCCGCCUUCCUGCGGCGUGGGGGUAAAGAGAAAGUGACUGCUUCAUCGGAGAAUUUCCACGUCGGGGAAAAUGAUGAGAACCAGGAACGUGGGAACUGGUCCCAAAAGUCCGACUACCUCCUCUCCAUGGUGGGCUACGCAGUAGGCCUGGGAAACGUCUGGAGAUUCCCUUACUUGACUUACCAGAACGGAGGAGGUGCCUUCCUCAUACCCUAUACCAUCAUGCUGGCACUUGCGGGCUUGCCUUUAUUCUUUCUGGAGUGCUCCCUGGGACAGUUUGCCAGCCUGGGACCAGUUUCAGUCUGGAGGAUUCUGCCACUUUUUCAAGGUGUGGGAAUCACCAUGAUUUUGAUCUCAAUAUUCGUCACCAUCUAUUACAAUGUCAUCAUUGCCUACAGUCUCUACUAUUUAUUCGCUUCCUUCCAAAAAGUCCUGCCCUGGUCUCAAUGCUUCCAGUGGGCAGAUUUAAACUGUAGCCGAAUACCAAUAGUAACUCACUGUAACGUGAGCACGGCUAUGGGAGACAUUGUCCAAAUGAACUACUCAUGGGUACUCGACAACAAUAAGACCUGCAUAAACGGCAGCCAGGUGGAACAGCCAGGGCAGCUUCCCAGUGAGCAGUAUUGGGACAAAGUGGCACUCCGGCGUUCCAGUAGCAUGGAAGAAACUGGUGAGAUCGUGUGGUACCUGGCACUCUGCCUUCUUCUGGCCUGGCUUAUAGUUGGAGCAGCACUGUUUAAAGGAAUCAAAUCUUCCGGCAAGGUGGUCUAUUUCACAGCCCUGUUCCCAUACGUUGUCUUGUUCAUCCUGUUAGUGCGAGGUGCAACGCUAGAAGGUGCUUCCAAAGGCAUUUCCUACUACAUUGGGCAGCAGUCGAAUUUCACCAAACUGAAGGAAGCAGAGGUCUGGAAAGAUGCUGCCACCCAGAUCUUCUAUUCGCUUUCAGUGGCCUGGGGUGGCUUGGUUGCUCUCUCCUCCUACAACAAGUUUAAUAACAAUUGCUACUCUGAUGCCAUCGUGGUUUGCUUGACAAACUGCUUGACCAGUGUGUUUGCUGGAUUUGCCAUUUUUUCCAUAUUGGGCCACAUGGCUCACAUAUCUGGAAAGGAGGUCUCCCAGGUUGUCAAAUCAGGCUUUGAUUUGGCAUUCAUUGCCUAUCCAGAAGCUCUCGCACAGCUGCCUGUUGCCCCGUUUUGGUCUAUACUAUUUUUCUUCAUGCUUUUGACUUUGGGUCUUGACUCUCAGUUUGCUUCAAUAGAAACAAUUACAACCACCAUUCAAGAUUUAUUUCCCCAAGUGAUGAAGAGAUUGAGAGCUCCCAUAACUUUGGGGUGCUGCUUGCUUUUGUUUUUAUUAGGUCUGGUCUGUGUAACUCAGGCUGGAAUUUACUGGGUUCAUCUCAUUGACCAUUUCUGUGCUGGAUGGGGCAUUCUGAUCGCAGCCAUACUGGAAAUAAUAGGGAUCAUAUGGAUUUAUGGUGGGAACAGAUUCAUUGAAGACAUUGAGAUGAUGAUUGGAGCAAAGAGAUGGAUAUUCUGGCUGUGGUGGAGAGCCUGCUGGUUUUUCAUUACUCCUCUUCUUUUGAUAACCAUUUUCAUCUGGUCCCUGGUGACAUUUCAGGAACCAGAGUACGCUACAAUCCCCUACCCUACUUGGGGAAUUGCUCUGGGCUGGUGUAUGAUUAUUUUCUGCAUCAUCUGGAUCCCUAUUAUGGCUAUUGUGAAAAUAGUGAAAGCCAAGGGCAACUUUAUCCAGCGUUUAAUAAGUUGCUGUAGACCAGCUUCCAACUGGGGCCCAUACCUGGAGCGGCAUCGUGGUGAGAGGUACAGUGGCAUGGUUGAUCCCAAAAAGGAGCACGACCAUGAAAUCCCAACCGUCAGUGGCAACACAAAACCUGAAUGA